ACGUAGCCCGGAAGUGCUAGUGUGUCACACUGAAAGCGCCCCCGGCGGACUCUUCAAUGGAGUGUCUGUGAGCUGAAAGUUCGAAGCAAGAAAACAAACCCUACAUUUAAAUUCAUGUAUCUACAAGCAAAGUCCACAUUUAAGCACUGCAGCAGGAAGGAUGUCAGAUGUUGUGAACCAGUCCUGUCUGACGGGAGCAGAAGACACCAUCUCCUUCCUGGUGUGUGUCCUUCAUGUGUGUGAAGAGUGGGCGGGUCUAGGCCAGGUGGAGGACUACCUGAGUGUGUUGGAGUAUCUGUUGUGGGUCUUCACCCCUCUGGCAGUGGUCUUCAUCCUGCCCUUCCUCAUCGUCAUCCUCCUCUACCUCUCCAUACUCUUCCUUCACGUCUACAAGAGGAAGAACCAGCUGCGGGAGGCCUACUGCAACAACCUGUGGGACGGAGCGAGGAAGACUCUGGCCACCCUGUGGGACGGACACGGAGCGAUAUGGCACGGCUACGAGAUCCACGGCAUGGAGAAGAUCCCGACCCAAGGAGCGGCACUGAUCGUGUACUACCACGGAGCCAUCCCCAUAGACUACUACUACUUCCUGGCCAACGUCAUCAUCCAGAAGGGACGCACCUGUCACUCUGUGGCCGACCACUUCCUCUUCAAGAUACCAGGUCUGAAGUUGCUGCUGGAGGUGUUCAGUGUGAUGCACGGCCCCCAGGAGGAGUGUGUGCAGGCCCUGAGGAGUGGCCACCUGCUGGGCAUCUCACCAGGAGGGGUGAGGGAGGCUCUGUUCAGUGAUGAGACUUACCCUCUUCUCUGGGGCAAACGCAGCGGCUUUGCCCAGGUGGCCAUCGACUCCCAGGUGACCAUCAUUCCCAUGUUUACACAAAACCUGCGAGAAGGCUUUAGGUCUCUGGGCACACUCAGAUUCUUCCGCUGGUUGUACGAGAGGUUUCGUCUUCCUGUAGCUCCCGUCUACGGUGGAUUUCCAGUGAAGUUCCGGACAUUCCUUGGCGAUCCGAUCCCGUAUGACCCGGACAUAACUGCAAAUGAGCUGGCAGAAAAAGUGAAACAGUCCGUCCAGGGUCUGAUAGACAAGCACCAGCAGAUCCCAGGCAACAUCCUGAGAGCUCUUCUGGAGAGGUUCCACAGCAAGUACAAAGACAAGUAACUCCUUCCUAGUCUUGGUGGGAAAUGAAGGAGCAGACUGUUCAGUGCCUGGAGCUGAAGCACAAGACCUGCUGGGGACUUGGAAGUCCUCAAUUUAAAGUACCGGUGUCAAACUCAAGGCCCGUCACUUCAUUUAAUGUGGUCUAUCACUUCGUUUAAGGUGAUCUGCCAUAUCAUUUAAUGUGGUCUGCCACUCAUUUAAUAUGGCCUUCCACCUCAUUUAAUGUGGCCUGCCACAUCAUUUAAUUAACGUGGUCUGUCACAUCAAGUCUGCCACUCAUUUAUAAUGGCCUCUCACCUCAUUUAAUGUGGCCCGUCACAUUAUUUAAUGUGGUCUGCCACAUCAUUUAAAGUGGCCUGCCACUCCAAAUUAAAAUGGCCCGCCACAUCAUUUAAUGUGGUCUGCCACAUCAUUUAUUUGGCCUGCCACAUCAUUUAACAUGUCCUGCCACAUCAUUUAAUGAGGCCUGCCACUUCAUUUAAUGUGGUCUGUCACAUCAUUUAAAGUGGCCUGCCACUCCAAAUUAAUAUGGCCCGCCACAUCAUUUAAUGUGGUCUGCCACAUCAUUUAAUGUGGCCUGCCACAUCAUUUAUUUGGCCUGCCACAUCAUUUAACAUGUCCUGCCACAUCAUUUAAUGAGGCCUGCCACUUCAUUUAAUGUGGUCUGUCACAUCAUUUAAAGUGGCCUGCCACUCCAAAUUAAUAUGGCCCGCCACAUCAUUUAAUGUGGUCUGCCACAUCAUUUAAUGUGGCCUGCCACAUCAUUUAUUUGGCCUGCCACAUCAUUUAACAUGUCCUGCCACAUCAUUUAAUGAGGCCUGCCACUUCAUUUAAUGUGGUCUGUCACAUCAUUUAGUGUGGUCUGCCAAGUCAUUUAAUGUGGUGGCCUGCCACGUCAUUUAAUGUGGUCUGCCAAAUAAUUUAUUUGGCCUGCCACCUCAUUUAAGGUGCCCUGCCACAUCAUUUAAUGAAUGUGGUCUGCGACAUCAUUUAAUGAGGCCUGCCACUUCAUUUAAUGUGGUCUGUCACAUCAUUUAGAGUGGUCUGCCACGUCAUGCAAUGUGGUCUUCCACGUCAUUUAUUGAGGCCUGCCACAUCAUUUAUUUGGCGUGCCACAUCAUUUAAUUUGGGCUGCCACAUCAUUUAACAUGUCCUGCCACAUCAUUUAAUGAAUGUGGUCUGCCACAUCAUUUAAUGAGGCCUGCCACUUCAUUUAAUGUGGUCUGUCACAUCAUUUCGUGUGGUCUGCCACAUCAUUUAAUGUUGUGGCCUGCCAUAUCAUUUAACGAGGCCUGCCACUUCAUUUCGUGUGGUCUGUCACAUUUAGGGUGGCCUGCCACGUCAUUUAAUGUAAUCUGUCACAUCACUUAAUGUGGUCUGCCACUUCAUUUAAGGUGGUCUGUCACAUCAUUUAACGUGGUCUGUCACAUCAUUUAGGGUGGCCUGCCACAUCAUUUAAUGGGGUCUGUCACUUCAUUUGAUGUGGUCUGUCACAUCAUUUAGUGUGGUCUGCCACAUCAUUUAACACGGUCUGCCACAUCAUUCAAUGUGGUCUUCCACAUCAUUUAAUGUGGCCUGCCACAUCAUUUAUUUGGCCUGCCACAUCAUUUAAUGUGGCCUGCCACAUCAUUUAAUGAGGCCUGCCACUUCAUUUAAUGAAUGUGGUCUGCCACAUCAUUCAAUGUGGUCUUCCACGUCAUUUAAUGUGGCCUGCCACAUCAUUUAUUUGGCCUGCCACAUCAUUAAUUGGCCUGCCACAUCAUUUAUUUGGCCUGCCACAUCAUUUAAGUGGCCUGUCACAUCAUUUGAUGAAUGUGGUCUGCCACAUCAUUCAAUGUGGUCUUCCACGUCAUUAAAGUGGCCUGCCACAUCAUUUAACGAGGCCUGCCACUUCAUUUAAUGAAUGUGAUCUGCCACAUCAUUCAAUGUGGUCUUCCACGUCAUUUAAUGUGGCCUGCCACAUCAUUUAGUUGGCCUGCCACAUCAUUUAUUUGGCCUGUCACAUCAUUUGAUGAAUGUGGUCUGCCACAUCAUUCAAUGUGGUCUUCCACGUCAUUUAAAGUGGCCUGCCACAUCAUUUAAUGAGGCCUGCCACUUCAUUUAAUGAAUGUGGUCUACCACAUCAUUCAAUGUGGUCUUCCACGUCAUUUAAUGUGGCCUGCCACAUCAUUUAGUUGGCCUGCCACAUCAUUUAUUUGGCCUGCCUCAUAAUUUUAUGUGGCCUGUCACAUCAUUUAAUGAGGCCUGCCACUUCAUUUAAUGUGGUCUGUCACAUCAUUUAGUGUGGUCUGCCACAUAAUUUAAUGUGGUGGUCUGCCACUUCAUUUAAUGAGGCCUGCCACUUCAUUUAAACGUGGUCUGUCACAUCAUUUAGUGUGGUUGCCUGACACUUCCUUUAAAGUGGCCUGCCACUUCAUUUAACUUGGUGGCCUGCCACUUCAAUUAAGGUGGUCUGCCACAUCAUUUAAUGUGGCCUUGUGAGGACAGCCAUAACUGUGAUGAAUAAGAAUCCAGUGUGUUUAGUUGGUGUUGUUGAAGUUGGACUUGAGUUCUGCUGACACGGGGGAACCAGAACCACAACCACAACCAGAACCAGGCCACUUGAAUACUCCCCUCAUGUGGAAGUGCUUUUAUUGUGAAGGAGUCCCAUUGUACUUGAUGAGACAUAAAACUGCAGUAGUACCUCAACUCAUCACUUCAAUGGAGCUUGUAACUCAAAACACUCUUAUCUCAAAGCAGCACUGGAACCAAUUAAAGUCCAAUAUUGUAUACAACUACAAUAGUAAUAUUAUACACUAUCUUUUACAUCCAAUAUUGUAUACAACUACAAUAGUAAUAUUAUACACUAUCUUUUACAUCCAAUAUUGUAUACAACUACAAUAGUAAUAUUAUACACUAUCUUUUACAUCCAAUAUUGUAUACAACUACAAUAGUAAUAUCUAUCUUGGAGACGGGAUUUCUACUGCUGCUUCACCAUCAGCAGCUUCUCCAUAUUUUCAUGGAUAAAUGCUUGGAUAAUAUUUGAACCUCCUUGACCUACUCUCUCUGCUUCACUAUCCAACAAACAUGUAAACUGAGGUACUACUGCACUUACUACCCUGAUCAUUGUGUAACUUGCUAGUACUGCUCGUAUUACCCUGAUCAUUGUGUAACUUGCUAGUACUGCACUUACUACCCUGAUCAUUGUGUAACUUGCUAGUACUGCUCGUAUUACCCUGAUCAUUGUGUAACUUGCUAGUACUGCUCGUAUUACCCUGAUCAUUGUGUAACUUGCUAGUACUGCUCGUAUUACCCUGAUCAUUGUGUAACUUGCUAGUACUGCACUUACUACCCUGAUCAUUGUGUAACUUGGUAAUACUGCACUUACUACCCUGAUCAUUGUGUUACUUGGUAGUACUGCACUUACUACCCUGAUCAUUGUGUAACUUGGUAAUACUGCACGUAUUACCCUGAUCAUUGUGUAACUUCAUACAUUUGUAUGCUAGCCUGAUUCUAACAGAGACUAAUUGUUAGCAAGUACUUUGUACUUCAUUUGUUCCCAGUACAGCAUGUGAUGUAGUACUUGUUGUUGGCAAGUACUACAUCACGUGUUUCUUGUACUUCUAGUUGUUGUAGUGUACUUGGAGUUGAAUUACAUUUGGACUACUUGUAGUCGCUUACUUGUAGUUUUUUGUAGUUGUAAUAGUUGUAGUUGUGAUAUUUUGUAGUUGUAGUAGUGUUUUGUGGUUGUAGUAUAUUGUAGUUGUAGUAGUGUAUUGUAGCUUUUUGGUAGUUGUAGUAGUCUAUCAGUUUCUUGUAGUUGUAGUCUACCGUAGUUUGUUGUAGUACUGUAUUAUAGUUUCUUGUAGUAGUAAUAGUGUAUUAUAGUUUCUUGUAGUUGUAGUAAUCCCGUGUGAAUCAUUGGUGUUGCUUGCCAAACAUGUUUUUGAUUCCAGUCUUGUGCAGGUCUAUUCCAGUCCUGUGC